GGUGUGUAAAAGAUGGAAACGUCUUGUUAAAGACCAAAGGCUCUGGAGACUUGUCGACCUGACUGCAUGGAAAGGGGUGACGUCCCGUAUCCUCUGGCUCCUGCUGCGUCAGUACCUGGGUUGUGGUCUAAGGUGUCUGCGUUUGCGUGGCUUGCUUCUUUCCGCUCGAGGAGGCUCCUUCCUGUCUGAGUCCUGGCUCAGAUCUUUGUCCUCAAAGUGUCCUCGCCUCAGUCAGCUCUACCUGCUGCAUGCGGACCUGAGAAGUCUGUCCAGCUGUCAGAUCCUCCCUCUGUCUCUGCGGGUUCUGGAGCUGCGGGGGUGUGAGUUACCGAGGGAGUUCUUCAUCCAGAGUCCUGAACCAGCUGAUCCGUCUCAGGCCUCUUCUAGUGUGAGGGGGGGCGCCUCUGGCUCAGGGAUUGCUGUUGAGAGGUUAGUCCUCAACAACGUGCCUUCUUUCACAGACCAGCACCUGCAGAGUCUGACGUCCUGGGAGCGGCUGAGCCGGCUGGAGCUGAAAGACACCUUCCGUGUGACGGCUAACGGGCUCAGGAGCUGCGCCGCCAAGGACGGGGUCUGUGGCGUGGAGGGGCUUUCUGGACUCAAGUUUCUGGAGAUAGGGAUCACAGGGCGACAGGGCUACCAGUUACAGAUGGCCUCCCUCGGGCUGGGGGCGGGAUGGCUCGGCCUGGAGGAGCUGAGUCUGGGGGGUAAGGAGGUGGGUCCAGGUCUGCUGUGUGCCAGCCGUCUGAAAGACCUGAAGAGUCUUUGUCUGUGGGCGUGCACGCUCAGCGAGAUGCAGAUCGUACGCAGCUGCAGGAUGCUCCGCGGGCUCCGCCGCCUGGAGUUUUUAGACGUGGUCUUCCAGCCUCGUCAGUGUCCACCGGCAGAGGAAGGGGAGGGGGGAGGGGGUGCAGAGGAGCCGGAGAGGGAGGAGGCUGCAGGGCGAGAUAACGAGGAGAACGAGACACUAGACCUGAACAAUCCUAUUCCAAGUUUACGUCGCUCCCUGGCUGUCCUGCUGCCGUCCUGCAUUCUAGUUUUCACUGAAUGUUCAGUCCAGAUCAGUACAGACUGAAUGUUCAGUCCAGAUCAGUCCAGACUGAAUGUUCAGUCCAGAUCAGUCCAGAUCAGUCCAGACUGAAUGUUCACUCCAGAUCAGUCCAGAUCAGUACAGACUGAAUGUUCAGUCCAGAUCAGUACAGACUGAAUGUUCACUCCAGAUCAGUCCAGAUCAGUACA